AAGACCUGUUUCAGCCUAGCCUGUCUUUAAAAGAUCAUUUCAAUUAACUUUGUUGAUCCCAAAGGAAACUCAUUACAGUAUCGGUUUUUCUGGUCCUUCGCUUGGCUGACACACAGUAAAGUUGCCCACUGAUGAGGAGGAGGUAUGGCGAUGUGUGAGGGACCUGUAGCCACUCUGUCAGUGGGGCAGCACCCUCACAGACACGGCUGCCCUCGUGACUCUGUGGCUGUUCUUCUGGAGGACCUGAAGGGCCAGGAACAGGGCCAGGGCCAGAUCCAGGGCCAGAUCCAGGGCCAGGGCCAGGGCCAGAUCCAGGACCAGAUCCAGGGUCCGGUAAACCUAGAAGAGCACACCUCAGAAGCUCCAUGCCACACAUCAGUACCUGCCUCUCUGGAGCUCAUAGACCCAGGGGACACCCAGACGGGAUCCAGCCAGAGCCCAGCCUCGCCCAGGGGGGACCAGGCCCUCUCCCCCAGCCUGGCUCUGGAGCCCCUCUCCCCCCCUCAGGAGCUAACAGAGGGGGCCCCCAGAGAGGGGGACAGUGAGGGGCCUUCCCCUGUGGACCUGCUCCGGGUGGUGAAGCACAAGCCCAGCGCCAUCGUGUUCUCUGAUCCCAUGGGCAGGGAGUCUUCCUCAGCGGACGAUGAAGAGGAGGAGGAGAACGACGGGGCUGAAGAUGAUGAAGAUGAUGAAGGUGAUGAGGCGUUCCCUGAGCUGCUGCGGUACAAGGAGUUCCUCGUCAGCCGCCGCCGCAGGAACCUGAGUAGGAACAGGAAGUGGCUGAGGAAGAGACCCGAAGUCCCGCCCGUCGCCGCUCGGAUUGGUCUGAGCUCCACCGAUAGGCUCGGCCCAGCGUCAAAGGAGGAAGGAGCAAAGCUCAGGGAGAAACAGACAGGGCCCCCUAGAUGUCAUUCCAUGACGCAACUAAUCAGGAAGUUGGACCAGCUAAAUUUGGACAUCCAGGAAGCCCUCAGCGCUAACUCCUCCCACUCUGACACACCCGAUGGCGAUGAUGAACAGGCCCCUCCCACAACACCCCCUAUCCAGGGGAGACCCGCGGAGCGAUCCCUGGCUCAGGACCACAGCACCUCCAGAGCCCCGGAGAGACCUGAGCCCACCAGGCGCCGCCCGCGACCCCUGACCCGCAGCCGACCUCUGACCCGGUCCUCCUUGACCCUCCCCCUCUCAUCUCCCCCACAGACGCAGCAGGGCAAUAGGGAGAAUGAGCAUUGGCCUUCCAGCGAGCUUCACAGAGAGACUGCGAAGGGGGCCGAGUGUGAUUAA